ACGUCUUUCACCUCACUCUUUCGUUCGUUGCCAAGGGACGUUUCGUCGGGAUUGAAUGCCCAGUGUAGACGACGGGUCACCAUUAGCCCUUAUUAGUCACGAUCUUUUUGUUGUCAUGGGUUACAAGAUACUAGCGGCAGCUGUUAACUGCGAGAGGCAUUUUCACCGAGCCGACAAUCAUGCCGGACCGCUUUCCCACAUCGGACGUUGGCACUAUUCCAACACCGGAAGGUGAAAAGAUAGUCAGCUCUUUAAAAGCCUUAAGACCAGUCGCCAUUUCCCGCGACAACUGAUAAUAGCCUUGUUUUAUUGUUUGACGAAUCAACAACUUCACCAUGCGCUUCCUCUGCCUCUUCGCCUGCGUUCUAUCUAGCGCGGUCGUGCAGGGAUCCCUCUUCGUGCUCAGUGAAUCUCAAGAUCAAAAAAUUAUUCCUGAAAUCCUUGAAAAAGAUAACAGCAUUUGGCCCUAUCACCAUGAGGUAUUUGAAUUCCACCCAGAGCACAAAGACCUCUCCACAGGGCUUGUCCGACCCCUUUGUGUCUUACAUACUUUGGGAGAAGGAGCAGACGACUCAUACAACUUUGAGAAAGCUGUCCAUCAGUGUGGUCGCGGCGGCAUUGUGAGAUUACCAGAUGCCAACUACACAAUCAGUCGUCCCCUUGACAUAUAUCUUUCCAACUCCGUUCUUGAUCUUCAUGGUUGGCUAUCUUUUUCCGCGAACGUCUCUUCAUGGAUUGAAAAUCGGAUGCCUCUUGGCUUCCAAAAUCAAUCACUUGCAUUUGUGGUGAGGGGUAAUGAUUACAUUCUCGAGGGGAAUGAUAAAGGAGGGAUAAAUGGAAAUGGACAAGCUUGGUAUGAUUACGCAAAGGACUACGGAAAUAAGUUCGGGCGGCCCAUGUCAUUGGCCAUCAAAAACAGCAAAAACGUCAUUAUAAAAAAUUUCAGCAUUGUCCAGCCACAAUUUUGGGCUUCCCUCAUAUGGGGUUCGGAAAAUGUGUACAUAAAAGAUUUCUACGUUAAUGCUACUAGCUUCAACCCGGAAUCUUCCAGUGAUCAGAAGAACUGGCUUCAGAACACUGAUGGAAGUGACACAUACCAGAGUCACAAUGUCACUUACGAGAAUAUGAUUUACCAGGGUGGCGACGAUUGUGUAGCAUUGAAGCCAAAUAGUACAUCCAUCACACUUCGUAAUGUGACUUGUUACGGAGGGACGGGUAUUGCCUUUGGAUCGAUUGCUCAGUACGCGGGCGUGAAAGAUGUGAUUGAAGAUGUGUUUAUGGAGGAUAUUCGACUGUAUCCAUCUAAUCAGUGCCCAGCCUAUCAAGGUGUCUAUUUCAAAUCUUGGUUAGGAUACUCUAUCGGACAGCCACCAAACGGUGGGGGUGGUGGGUAUGGAUAUUGUCGUAACGUGACAGUAAAGGAUGUCUACAUGGAGGAUAUAUGGCAUCCUCUCGUCGUCCAAUCUGACUUAACCUAUCUCACUUUAGACCGUGAAAAAUUUACAGAUUCCGGUCUCUUCGAGUGGUAUGAUAUCCACCUGAAAAAUUUCACAGGAAAAGCUUUGGGUAACAGGAUCGCCUGGAUGUCCUGUUCCAAGUUGACACCAUGUCAUGAUUGGACAUUUGAGGGCAUGGAUAUCAUGCCAGGUAAACAAGAUCACCCCGAGAUCCAUUAUACUUGUAAUAAUUUUGUGCUGGGGGGGAAUGAUGGACUUAAUCAGUGCCAUCCCAGCAACUCAAAGCUUGAAACUGAGAAUGGUGGCACACUCUGAUGAAGGGGAUAAUAGGCCUUGAUAACGUUUGAGUGAUGUAGGACGUAGCCUUCUCAAUGUACUGGACUUGAACUAUAGUUGAGGUGGUG